AUGGUGAAGAAGGGGUCAUUAGACCGGUUGGGUGACUUUGACUUUUGCUCGCCAGAAACCCGUGUUCUCCUCUGCUACUUGGUCUUACCAACCUUGACAACCCACCAGACCCGGGAGCUAUUCAUCUGCUCACCAACUUAUACCCUCCUAGAGAAACUCAUCCUAACCCGCGAUAAAGCUUGGAAUCAAGCCCAAUGCUUGAAUGGCUCCUAUACACUUUUUUCUGAUGGCGAAGUCUUCCAACCAAUUAACUGGACAUUACUGGACAAUGGGGGAGGAGAGUCUGUUUAUACAGACCGGAAUCACCCAACCGACCGCCUGAUCCAUGGAUUUUAUUGCCAACGUGUCGACUCCACACCCCGACCCACUAUCCUCCAAGGGGUCUGUCUAUGGAGAUUCUGCUGUGUAUGGGACAUUGGUCUGGCCUCUACAUGGGAGGGCAAGGCCUACCUGGAAGGCUGGUACCACUCCACUACUGGCCCCGCACCCACAGAGUGGGACACUACUGGCCCACAAAGGUGCGGGGGACUGGCUGCAAACCUCACCUAUCUAUACCACCAAUACCCCUUGCAUCCCGUAGGCACGGCACCCCGACAAAGGGGGGAACUGUUGGUGUCAAGUAUACCUACCAAUGAAGACCUCCUCUCCACUUGGCCCUCCAAUUCCUACGUAAAACUCGUCUCAAAAAUUGCCAAGCAAGUGACCUUGGACAACUGCUGGAUCUGUGCAAAUGCCCCAGCUCAUGUCCAAAGUGGCAUUCCCUUCCUUGGAGUGCCCCUCACUUUACAACAACACCUUUUCGCCAACGUGGAAUUUUGGAAUUUAACCGCAGUGAACUUGACCCAUCAAUACAUCUACUUGACUGGACCUACCAAUGGGGACCUGUGCCGGAAAUUCAGUGGCGAGGACAGGAUGAUCGGAGAUAGUACCUGUAAGUACACCGUUGACAUUACUUUGUCCGGUAGAAUAACUCCCUUCCCUGUCAACGUGUUUUGGGGAAGGUGA